AUGCAGUACAAUACCAAAUCAAAACCAUUACGUAUUGGUAUCGUUGGCUUUGGUCAUCUGGGACAAUUUAUUUAUCGACAUAUUGAAAAUGAACGUAAUAAAGCAAUAUAUGAUUUUGAUUUAGUUUUUAUUUGGAAUCGAUCAAAAGAUAUUUUCUCAACAUUUGAUAAAGAACUUAAUCAAGAAUUAAUUGUAGAAACAAUAGAAGAAGGUUUACAACGCUCACCAGAUUUAGUUAUUGAAGUUGCACAUCCGAAUAUAAUUGAAGAAUAUGCUGAGAAAAUACUCGAUGCAUGCGAUCUAUUUAUUGGAUCGCCAACAGCUCUUGCUAAUGAAUCGAUUGAAAAUUCAUUAAGAAAAAAAACGAUUGAAUCCGGUCAUGUCGUUUACAUAGGCACUGGUGCUUUUUGGGGUGCAGAAGAUAUAGGUAAAAUGAAUGAACGUAAUACUCUAUGUUCAUUAAGUAUAACCAUGAAGAAACAUCCGGAUUCUUACAAACUUAAUGAACCAUUAAAUUCCAAGUUAAUGGAACAACGAAUAAAACUUGGCGAUCAACCAGGAGAAAUCGUCAUUUAUUCAGGGCCAGUUCGUGAAUUAUGUCGAUUAGCACCAAAUAAUGUUAAUACAAUGGCUGUUGGUGCAACCGUUGCUAGUAAUCUUGGUUUUGAUCGUGUUCAAGGAUGUUUAAUUGCUGAUACAUCGUUACGUGACCGGCACAUUGUUGAAAUUGAAUUGUCGGGACCAGAAACAAUCGUUAAUGAAAACGAUAAAGUAAAAUUUCAUACGAAAACUGUUCGAAGUAAUCCUGCUGAAAUUGGUGCUGUUACUGGUACUGCAACACUUCUUUCGUUUGUUAGUAGUAUUAAACGUGCUCAAGGCCGAACUGCUGGUAUUCACGUUGUUUAA